AUGACCACUAAGCUCCUUAUCAUCCUUGGUCUGGCUGCUGUCGUUGCAGCUGACAGCCGUGAGUCCUAUGAAUACCUCGCGCCACAGCUUUCCAAUGAAGUUUCUGCUGAGUCCUACGAAUACCUGCCCCCUCAGCGUACCAGUGAAGCUUCUGCUGAGUCCUACGAAUCCUCUGAAGCCAAGUACAGCUUCAACUGGGCCACCGUCAAGUUCCUCGUGGACGGCGACUCUGGCUACGUGGCCGAAGUCAGCUACGAGGGCGAGGCCAGUUAUCCCGACUCCCAUGAGUCCCUUGAGUCUGAGUCCUAUGAGUCAGCUGAGUCUCGCGAAUACAGACCACCCAGGCCUCAAUACGUCUACGACUCCAACGAGUCUAAGUAA